AUGUCACGCCAAGAGGAAAUACUGAAAGAUGGGCGGUUUAGCUGCAUUACUAGGGAUCCCAGGUUUUGGGAGAUGCCAGAAAAAGAACGUAAAAUCAAGAUUGACAAACGAUUCCGAGCUAUGUUUCAUGACAAGAAGUUUAAGCUGAAAUAUACAGUGGAUAAAAGAGGUCGCCCUGUUAGCUAUACUUCUACAGAGAACCUCAGGAAAUUUUAUGCCCUGUCGGAAUCUGACUCUGAUCUUUCAGAAAAUGAUAGUAAAGAACAUACUGAAAAGAUAAAAAAGAAAAAGAAAGCUAAACCUAAAGGUGAAGCAGAUUCUGCAAGACUACUUGCCGAUGGUCUCCCUAAGGAAGAGAGCAAAAUAAAAAAUCAAGGAGGGGACCAAACUUGUGAAGCGGUGUCAAAACUAGAUAGCCUUAAAAAUGAAGGACAAAAAAUUACAUCUAAAUUCAACUUGAAAGAGGACUCUAAGAAAAAUGCAGCAGAAAUUAAUCACACUCAGGGAAACAAGGGCUUUUCACACAAAGGCAAAAACAAGCAAGGAAAUGCAUCAGGAGGAAGAUCAAUUUCAAUUCAGACCAAGCAAAAGUCUUUGCAACCAAGUGGUACUAAAUCAGUUAAAGGUCCCAGAAGGGAUUAUUCCCUAGGAGGAAAAAUAAAAGAACCAGUGACUGUUUGCACAGACACCUGUGAUCAACGUGAUGUCAGUAAAAGCCAAUUAGAGGAAGACAUUUUUGCAAGGGAUGAUUUUGAGUAUGCAGAAUCGGAAGAAGAGGAGCCAGAAGAUGAUGGAGAAACAGGCGAGGAAGAGGAGCCAGAAGAUGACAGGGAAACAGGCGACGAUGAAAAGCCAGGAGAGGAUGAGGAAACAGGCGAAGAAGACAGUGAUUCAGAUGAUGAAGAAAGUGAUAGUGGGCCUGAUUUAGCUAGAGGCAUAGGGAACAUUGAAACGAGCUCAGAGGAUGAUGAGGAUUUUAAUGAACUGUUUCCAAAGGAGCCAGAGAUAGAGCAUUCAUGGCGUGAGUUAGAUAAAGAUGCCCCUCGUGGAGAUGAGAUUACAAGUAGAUUGGCAGUUUGUAAUAUGGAUUGGGAUAGAUUGAAAGCUAAGGACUUGCUGGCUCUAUUUAAUUCUUUCACACCCAAGGGAGGAACGGUAUUUUCUGUUAAGAUUUAUCCUUCAGAGUUUGGAAAAGAGAGGUUGAAAGAGGAAGAACAAAAAGGACCUGUGGAACUAUUUGAUCUUUCAGAGAAUACCACAGAGAAUGACAGGCUUUAUAGGGAAAAACUGCGCGAGUAUCAAUUUAAACGACUGAAAUACUUCUACGCAGUUGUCGAAUGUGAUUCUCCUGCAACAGCCAAUAAAAUUUAUGAAGAAUGUGAUGGACUGGAAUUUGAAAGUAGCUGUUCUUUCAUAGACCUGAGAUUUAUUCCAGAUAAUGUUACAUUUGAUGAGAAUCCAAAAGAUGUAGCCUCAGAAGUGAAUGUAGCUGCAUACAAGCCAAAGUACUUCACAUCUGCUGCCAUGGGAACAUCAAAGGUAGAUAUCACAUGGGAUGAGACAGAUCAUGAACGAGUAAUGUCGCUUAGCAGAACUUUUAACAAAGAGGAACUUCUUGACCUGGAUUUUCAAGCUUAUUUGGCUUCGUCCAGUGGAGAAGAGGAGGAGGAAGAACAGCAGCAAG